AUGUAUAGACAGAGCUUUCCUCAACCGGAAGGUGUCGGGCAACGGCAGGUGGUAGAUGAGACCCCCGUCACCGAACCCAGAAUCGAACCGACUGCUCUAACGCCCAUUGAUACUACCCAUGAGACGCCGGAUCAACAUCUCAACGAGCCCGAGCCAGCGCCAGCAUCUACCCUAGAAUCAUAUCCAGGGCAACCGUCCUUAUCGGAUGCAACGCCGAUUUCUACCCUGGGUUCACGAUCGGGCUUCUCGACCAUACCAUCCGACCCAGCUUUAAGGCCGUCCUCCUCUAGCCACCUCCCAGAUUCGUACUAUACUGCGCCCGAAUUUCAAGGUGCAUCCAGGAUAUUGAGCUCCUCACCGAUUACAGAAGAACCCUUUGACCUGGGCGGCGAUGGAAUCGACGACCGCAUCGAAAACAGGCCUGCAAACAUUAGCUGGGAGGAGGCUCCUCCGGACGAACAGGCCUCAACCACGUCUGCUCCGUCUCCGAGCAGAGGCACUCAAUCUGGGGCCGAUGUCACAUCCCAAACAUUUCUGUUGCCACAUGGAAAAACCUUCAACGGUGAAUCCCCAUCCCCACGUUCGUCAGGGCAUCUUCGCCGCGAGGAACCGUCAUUUGUCGAACAUGAAGAAACGGGCUCCAAAAGCCGGCGCCAGCGGUUCCUGACCCGUGUUACUUCGGGCAUGGUCCGGUUUAAUAUCGAGGAUAGUAUUGGUGAUCGACAAAGGCGGAUACAGAAAAGGCUCUCCAGGACAGAGAGCGAACAAAAUUCGGCUACAAAGAGACAGAGAAGAGCAAGUCGCUGGGGCGAAAUUGUAAGGGCUGAGCGCAUGCUAGUUCGUAUCGAAAGCACCACGCAGUCGAUUCCCCGCGAAUACAACGAGAACGACAGCAUCAAAAUUGAUACGAAGAUCAUGUCUAAAUGGAGAGAGUUCCUCGUUUGCUCUUACGAAAUACCCAUCGUGCCCAACCGCACCAAAGUAAACCUCUUCUCGACUCUAGACAAGACGUUGGUUGUCUGGCAGCCGUAUAAGCUUGGUACCCAGAUCUUCAUCAUGCGGCCAAGGUCAUCGUCGCAUUCGGUAGAGUGGUUUACCUUUCUUCGUGGUGCCCUCGGAUGGAAACAGCCAUCGACAUUGUUCGUGCAUGUUCCUGAUCUCGACAUUUCGCUACAUUUAGAGAAUCCAUUCGCACACCUCGGAGAAAAUCGCAACGAAGAUGAUGACGUCUGUACUGCUGUGUUGAGAACAAUGAAAGAGGAGCGGGCCAUCGCGUCUGGUAUCGUCAAAACUUGCUUGACAACGCUUUCUGAAUGUUCUGAGUGGAAUAAAAUCUUGAAUAUGUGGGCAGGGAAAUCCAUGAAAAUGGGCCUUGCUUGGAGGCGAUAUGACCGUCUCGAAUGGGUGCAGGGCCCAAAUGAGCAAAGAAUGUACGGAACUAUGGCUAUGCGAAUGACCCAUGAACUAGAAUUGCGCCCCAAACAGCAUUAUCCGACCUCGACAAAACCACGGAAGAGUGGACCCAGAUUGGAGGAGCCAUCACCAGCCGAAGGGUUUUUAAUUCUGCUCACAUCACAACGAGGAAGACAAAAGCUAUUGGGAAAGAAUUUUUUCAAAAAGUUGUACUUCUUUACUCAGGACCAAUAUCUGUGCUUUUGUCGGCCCGCGAGAGCGAACCCUCCAGCACCUCCUAGACUCUCUAUAAUACCAGGCAGACACAUUCCCACUUCUGCUGAGAUUAGAAAGGAAGUCCCUAUCGUUUACAACGUGGAUCCUUUCCCAAUUGAUGAUGAUGGAGAAAUCGCUUGGCUUAGCGUUGGACGAAAAGAAUUCGCCAAAAAGCACGAUGCAGAAGCCUUUGCAGAGAAUCGGCGAAUUGCAAAAAAUGCAGCCAAUGCGGAGGGCUAUAUCAAUCUUUGUAGAGUGUCAGAGAUACGGCCCGUGUCAUCGGAUAGCAUGCAAGAAGAACAACAUGCUAACGCAGGAGAUGUCGAAUACCACGGAGAAAGAGGCAGACCUGCAAACGGCGCUAGGCACGAGACAAAGGAUGACCGUUCGUUCGAAAUCGUGUUGGAAGAUGGCUUGGUUGUCAGAUUCCGAAGUUAUAAUAUGCAGACUCGGCAAGAGUGGAUUAAACAGCUAACUAAACUCUGGGAGUAUUGGAAAAUGUCUGGGCCUCUGUAUCGCAAGCCCCGCCGCCGUGGAGCUUUCACGAAAUGUAGCGUGUUGCUCAUUGAAGGGCAACUUCUCAUAUUUCAAGGGGCGCUCCGAGGAUGGACGGGAGAGCAACUUCCCCAUACACAUCAUUUCCGUCAGGGAAUUCUUGAUCUGCGUGAUUGCUACGUGUAUAGCGGGAUAAUCACCUCAGAGGAUCUUUUGUAUCAGCAUCAAACAUUCGAUAGCAACCUGCCCGGCCAGCAUGAACGACCAAGAAUGUACACCGGGGAUGGGUGGACAAGUUCGGAUGAGGACACUGCCACAUGCUUCGUUAUCUGGCAUGCUACAAGAAAGGCGCUUUUUAGAGCCGAGCUCGGAGAAAAGGGGAAAAUAAAAAGGAGGCGGUGGAGGCAGGUUUCCGCUUUGGGGGUUCCUGGAAAAUCCAUCGUGUUCAAGGCUCGGAGUAGAGCAGAGAGAGACCUGUGGGUUUUGGCGAUCGCGACAGAAAUCGACCGGCUGCAACAGCGGGAGGAUUUGAGGAUAGUUGAGCCGUCUUGA